ACAAUAUGUUCUUAUUGAUAUAGAACAUAUCAAUACAAGAAUAUGAAUUUGUGUCAUAUCUUUUUCAUUAUAAAAUUAGCGGUGGUACUAGUGCUGAUAGUACUGGUACCACACGCUGCUGAUGCUCAAUCUAUUAGAGGUUCAACAUCAGCAUAUCCUUAUGACAUUGGAGGAAACGUUAGUCCUCCAGUGAAAAUUAUACUAGCGUUUCUCAUCUUUGGCAUGUUUUUAAUCGCGUUUCUUUCAUUAUAUCUUCGUAAAUGCUUAGAAGAUCCUUCAGAAACCCGUACAAAUCUUGUUAUCGUCAACAACCAACGCACACGCUUGAUGUUUCCAUGCGGGCUAGACAGAUUAGUAGUCGAAUCAUUUCCUGUUUUUCUUUAUUCCGACGUCAAACAUCUAAAAAUCGGAAAAGGAACAUUAGAAUGUGCAAUAUGCAUUUCAGAAUUUGGCGACAACGAAAGGCUUCGAUUUUUACCAAAAUGCCAUCACGUUUUUCACCCUGAUUGUAUUGACGCUUGGUUAGCUUCUCAUAUCACGUGUCCUGUAUGUCGAGAUGACCUCACGAAAACUAGACUUGACCAUGACCCGAUUUCUAUCCACGACCCAAGUCAUGAUCAAACCUACGAUUCUAGAACAGAACCCGAGUCGCAGAAUCUUGAUUUAGAACAAGUAGAAAAUGAACACGCGGCUUCAAAGUUACCGCGGGCUCAUACUACAGGACAUUUACUUGUUUCUCCUGGAGAGAAUUGUGAAAGGUAUACUUUACGGUUGCCAGAAGAGGUACGGAAACAUAUCGUGACAUUGAAAAGAGCAAAGAGUUGUGACUGCAGCGUUGAUGGAGAUUCGAGAAGAGCAGAAGCGGGUUUAAGAAAGUGGAAUCCGGAUCGGAUAUGUGGGCGAUCGGAGUUUUGGAAUUUUACAGUGGCAAGGAGGUCUGUUUCUCUUGCGAAAACAGAUUCGGUUGGUAAAAGUGAUAUGGGUCAAUCAUCCGGAUCUACUUCUCUUCCUGUUUAGGAAUUAGAAUCGUGUAGUUUAGGUUUCUCUGUUUUGGUUAUGUUUUUGUUUAACAAUC